CCUGGCUUUGACCUAAAUGCCCCUCCCCCGUUCCGUCCCAUCUCUCUCCUCUCCUCCUUCCCCGCCGCCCCCGUCUUCCACCAUUGCCCCUCGCCUCGACUUCCCCCAAUUUCUUUCCACGCCUCUUCCUCUCUUUGCCCUCGAGCCCCCUGCCCCUGCGCGGCCUUCAAAUCAUCCCGCUGUUUCCCCGCCCUCUCCUUGGCGCGCAGCUCCGGAGCGCCGGGCGCCGGGUGGGUCCAGCUUCUUGGAUCUCGUGCGGGACUGAUUGGCCCGUCAGUCCCGGCAGGUGGUGCUCUCGUGCCGAUUCCGAGUUUCCAAUUGCUUGCUUGGUGAUGGCUGUAGCUUGUCCCGGUGCGCCGGCUGCGUGAAGGUUGGAUUGGGUCUGUCGGCGACAGAAUUGGAUCUGGCGAGCUUCCCGAAGCCCGGAGCGGCGUGUCUGUCGGGACUGAUAGCCGCCGGCGCCGCGGCGAUUUCCUAUCCGGCACUCUGUUUCUUGUGAUAGGGCGGCGAUGGCGAACCACGAGCUAGUCCUUGGACACGGGCAGGAUGCGGAGCUGGCGCUGGGGCCGAACCACCACGACUUCGGCCAAGACCACGGGCUGGGUCUCGGACACAGCCACGACCUCGGCCUCGGCGGCCACGCACACGACCACGAGCUCGUGCUGGGCCAGUCGCACGAGCACGACCACCAGCUCGUCCUCGGGCACCACCACGAUGACGAUCACCAGCUGGUUCUCGGGCACGACGACCACCACCACCACCAUGUUCACCACGCCGGUGAGCUAGUUCUGAGGCAGGGCCACGAUGGGGACUCUGAGACUCUGGAAGUGCAGGGCCACCACCAUGACGAGCUUGACUUGUCGGAGAGCCACGAGCUGACGCUUGCCGAGACACACCACCUGGGCGUUGAUCAGAAUUUCGAUCAGCUCUCGCUGGAGCAGGCUCAUGAGCUCGCGCUGCAGCCGCAUGAUCUCUCCCAGGCUCCUCUUGCAGUCGCUCCUGUUGUCCAGUCACGGACCAUGGUUGUGAGCCCUGAGUUUCAGCUCGCAGUGGGACAGCAGUUUCCCGAUGUUGUCAGCUGCCGCAGGGCCAUCCGCAACACUGCCAUCGCCUGCCACUUUGAGAUACAGACGGUGAAGUCUGACAAGUCCCGCUUCACCGCUAAGUGUGCUGCCGAGAGCUGCCCGUGGCGCAUACAUGCAGCAAAGCUCCCCGGUGUGCCCACCUUCUCCAUUAGAACCAUACAUGACAACCACAGCUGUGUCGGGAUCAACCAUCUUGGCCAUCAGCAGGCAUCUGUUCAGUGGGUUGCGAACACUGUCGAAGAGAGGCUACGUGAGAACCCAGAAUACAAGCCUAAGGAAAUUUUGGAAGAAAUCCACAAGGCCCAUGGCAUCACCCUAUCCUACAAGCAAGCUUGGAGAGGUAAGGAGCGGAUCAUGGCUGCGGUUCGAGGGUCUUUUGAGGAAGGAUACCGUCUCCUGCCUGAGUACUGUAGGCAGGUGGAAAGAACAAAUCCAGGAAGUAUAGCUCGAGUGUAUGGAAACCCAGAUGACAAUUGCUUUCGGCGACUCUUCAUAUCAUUCAGUGCAUCAAUAUUUGGCUUUGUCAAUGCAUGCCGUCCACUUAUUGGGCUUGAUAGGACCCUUCUGAAAAACAAGUAUCUUGGCACCUUGUUUCUUGCCACUGGUUUUGAUGGGGAUGGUGCUCUCUUUCCUCUGGCAUUUGGCGUGGUUGAUGAGGAAACUGACGAGAACUGGGUAUGGUUCUUGUCUGAGCUGCAUGAGUUGCUGGAGAAGAACACAGAGAACAUGCCAAGGCUGACCAUCUUGUCCGAUAGACGGAAGGGCAUUACUGAUGGAGUUGAAUUCAACUUCCCAACUGCAUUCCACGGGUACUGCAUGCGCCAUGUUAGUGAAGCCUUCAAAAAGGAGUUCAACAAUCCUGUGCUUGCCAACCUUCUCUGGGAAGCUGCUCAUGCGCUGACUGUGAUUGAGUUUGAAACUAAGCUGCUAGAGAUAGAGGACGCUUCACCAGAAGCUGUUGUUUGGAUAAGGCACCUACCUUCACGUCUUUGGGCCACGGCUUACUUUGAGGGGACAAGGUACGGUCAUCUAACAGCAAACAUCGCGGAGUCGCUGAAUUCCUGGAUACUGGAUGCCUCUGGCCUUCCUAUAGUUCAGAUGAUGGAAUGCAUCCGUCGCCAGCUGAUGACUUGGUUCAACGAGCGACGCGAAGCAAGCAUGCAGUGGAACACAAUCCUCGUGCCUGCAGCCGAGCGUCGUGUUCAGGAGGCCAUUGAGCGUGCACGGGGUUACCAGGUGGCCCGGGCCAACGAGGCGGAAUUCGAGGUCAUCUCAGCUCACGAGGGAACAAACGUUGUGGACAUCCGCAACAGGUGCUGUCUGUGCCGGGGGUGGCAGCUCUAUGGCGUGCCGUGUGCUCAUGGUGUGGCAGCUCUCCUCUCCUGCAGGCAGAACGUCCACCGCUACACUGAGAGCUGCUUCACCGUGGCAACAUACCGCAAGACUUAUUCGCAGACCAUACACCCAAUCCCUGACAGGACCCUCUGGGAUGAAACAGCAGAUCAAGGCCAGGUCAAGGUGGAGAUGAUCAUCAAUCCACCGAAGUCACUGAGGCCCGCAGCACAGCCAAGGAAGAAGAGGGUUAGAGCGGAGGACCGUGGGCGAGUCAAGCGGGUUGUUCAUUGCAGCCGCUGCAACCAGACUGGACACUUCAGAACCACAUGUGCUGCUCCAAUAUGAACAACGGCCAACCGAACUGGGCACUUCAGUCCAGAACUUGUUGGUUAUUAAUUAGAGCUGCAGCAUUCCUGUGACAAGUUAGCGUCUACUUGUGCAAGCUUCUUGCUUGCAGAUGGGUCUUUUCCUUCCGUUUUCGGAAAUUCAGUGUUAAAUGGAAAUGGUUACCGGAAAUACGGAAACGAAAUCAGUAAAAAAAAAAUUCGGAAACGGAAACAGUUUGAGUCAUUUCCUACAA